AUGGGAAGGAGGGGGACUGCCAGCCCAGAUGGGAAGGAGGGGGACUGUCAGCCCAGAUGGGAAGUAGGGGGACUGUCAGCCCAGAUGGGAAGUAGGGGGACUGUCAGCCCAGAUGGGAAGGAGGGGGACUGCCAGCCCAGAUGGGAAGGAGGGGGACUGCCAGCCCAGAUGGGAAGGAGGGGGACUGCCAGCCCAGAUGGGAAGGAGGGGGACUGCCAGCCCAGAUGGGAAGGAGGGGGACUGUCAGCCCAGAUGGGAAGGAGGGGGACUGUCAGCCCAGAUGGGAAGGAUGGGGACUGCCAGCCCAGAUGGGAAGGAGGGGGACUGCCAGACCAGAUGGGAAGGAGGGGGGUCACCAGGCUAGUACGGCGCUAA